CCGGGCGAGAGUUUUUAUUGUUUUUUCGGACGUUAAAUAGUAUUAUGUUGAAUAUUGAAUGCCAGACGUGCGUGAGCGCCAUCUAGCGGCGAGACGACCUAACGAAACGAAAGUGCUUCUGUAUGUGUGUGCCUGUGUGUGCAUAUCUCUCUGUGUGUGCUUGUGUGUGCGUGUGAACUAAUUGUGAAUUGUAAAUAGCGAAACAUCGAAAUGCCGACGGCUUUUCAGCCCCUAACCCUGGGCUAGGCGCACUUCUGCCGCAACCAUUGAACACUGGCUACACUUAUGUCCACGCUGGCCAGCAGUCGCCAUCCGACGCUGAAUCUGACACUGAAACGCACCAACGAGAAUCAGCAUCAGGAUCCAGAAGCUGUGCCUGGUGCAAUGCAUCCCGAUUGCCUGCCACUGCCGCUGCCCCUAGGUGCAGCUGGCGGCCACGGCAGCAGUCCGCAGCUGCAGAAACCCGACGACGGGGAGGAGGAUGAUGGCUCCGCUUGCGAUGAGCAUAUGGUGAAUAUUUUGGAUGACCAGGAGGAGCCCAAUGAGGAUGACGAAGAAGAACUGGAUGAUGCGGCCAGCUGCUGCAGCGAGAACAGCGUACUCAGCGUGGGCCAGGAGCAAUCCCAAGUGGCUGCUGCCCAGGCCAGGCAGCGUCUGCUAAUGAGCCAGCUCUAUCGUCCGUCGGCCUUCAGCAGCGUCGCCAACAAUGCCAAUCCCCAUGCGCAAGCCGCCGAGGAUGCUGCUCAUCCUAUGUCUGCGCCGGCCAGCUUCCAGGAGGAGUUUCUGCGGUUAAUGCCCUCACAGCUGCUGUGA